UACAAAAGAUUGGCUGGAUUAAAGUGAUAUGUAAAUAGCUUUAAUCUCUGUGCAAUGAACUUGUAAACUCGAUCGUUACUUGGAUAAUCAUCUAUAAAUGUUUGAUACAUGUUUAAAUUUUUAAUCAAGCUUUUCAAGUGCGUGUCAGCCUAAACUUAAUUACCUCUGUUUACAGUGGAUGGUGAUUUUUUUUUGUAUUGUGUAGCAUUGGAGAAAAAAAUUAGUGAAUAUUCAGAGAGAAUUAUAAAAAGCAAGUUUGAAUGGUGAUUAUUUCUUAUGGUAUAGUGAUAUAAAAAAUAUUUGGUGAAAGGAUAAUUAAGGAAGAUUAGGUAGAGAGGUGUGGGUGAGUGUGAGGUGGUACUAAGAUGGAGAAGUACGAGAACCAGGGGCUGGUUGGUGAGGGCAGCUAUGGGAUGGUGCUCAAAUGUCGUCACAAAGAUACUGGACAACUUGUGGCAAUAAAAAAGUUCUUAGAGAGUGAAGAUGACAAAAUGGUGAAGAAAAUUGCCCUUAGGGAGGUCAGGAUGCUCAAGCAACUGCGACACGACAAUCUUGUAAACUUGUUGGAAGUAUUUCGGAGGAAGAAAAGAUUGUAUCUUGUGUUUGAGUUUGUUGAUCACACGGUACUUGAUGAGUUAGAAAAAUGUCCUAAUGGUCUCGAUGAAACCACUUGCAGGAAAAUACUCUGGCAGGUUCUUAAAGGCAUAGAAUUUUGUCAUGCUAAUCAUAUUAUUCACAGAGACAUUAAGCCAGAGAAUAUUUUAGUCAGUAAGAAUGGCGUAGUGAAGUUGUGUGAUUUUGGAUUUGCACGCACCUUGGCACAGCCUGGUGAGAUUUAUACAGACUAUGUUGCCACUCGCUGGUACAGAGCACCAGAAUUACUGGUGGGAGAUACUAAAUAUGGAAAAGCUGUAGACAUAUGGGCUGUGGGAUGCCUUCUUGUGGAGAUGUUGACAGGGGAACCACUGUUUCCCGGCGACUCAGAUAUUGAUCAGCUCUAUCAUAUUGUUAAAGUAUUUGGUAAUUUAACGGCACGCCACAAAGAAGUGUUCAUGAGAAAUCCAUUAUUUGUCGGUAUGCGUCUGCCUGAAGUAAGGGAGGUCACUCCACUAGAAAAGAAAUUUUCCAGAAUGUCCAAUUUUUCAUUAGCUCUUAUAAAGGACUGUUUGAAAUUAGACCCUGAUGAUCGGCCAACAUGUUCACAACUUCUGAAACAUGAAUUUUUCACGAGGGACGGUUUUGCUCAAAAGUUUUCACAUGAUUUGAAAGCUAAGUUAACAAAGGAACAAGAGAAAAAUGCAUUGUUAAACUCUAUAGUUCAUGAUGAUGAUAAGGAAGGGGCUGAUAGUAAUAAAACUACAACAAAGAAAAAGAAAAAACUUCCUCUAAUGAAAAAGGAUUCUAAAGCCGAUACUGACCACAAUAAAAGUCUUAGUAAAGAUGGCAAUAAAGCUAGUACUAAAGAUGUGGAGUCAAAAAAUAGUUCAGAGGACAAAUCAAAACGAAAAGUGGCAGAUCCCCCAGAUAAAGGUGGUAGUAAGAAAACUCCACCCACCACUACUGUCACUCCAAAUAAGGACAAUCAUUCUGAUGCUAAAAAUAAAACUAACACUAGUAAUACACCAGUAGAUAGUUCACAAGACAAAGGUCAUAGAACAGAUAAGAUAGACAAAAGUGAUAAACAUGAAAAAGUAGAUGUUAAAGUUUUUAAACCACAUAAAGGUGAUAUAAAACACGAAAAGGCAGAAAUUAAAACAAAAGAAAGAAACUCUGGAGAAAAGAAUGACCACAAAGUGGAAAAGGACAAAGUUAAACCUGAAAAAUCAGAGAAAAGUGAUAGAGAAAAAGAUUCAGAGUCUAGAUCUGACAGUAGAUUAGAAAACAGUAUUGAUAGAGUAGAUAGAGCUAAGGGUACCGAGUCUAAGACAGAAUACAGUAAAGAAAAGGGUGAUAUUAAACAGGAGAAAGAGAAGCGUGAUAAAUUGGAGAAGUUAGAGGCAGAGAAGGAUGAGAAUCAUGAGCAGGAGAACACUGUAUCAUAUAAAGAUUCAUCGUAUAUUCCACCUAUACAUCAGUCAGGAUAUAACCUACAGAAUUCCAAUACCACAACGCCAUCUAUACCAUCUCUAAGCAGAAUAUCAAUCAUUUUAAACAACGCCAGUCCUAAUAUGGUAGCGAACCAUUCCCCCCAUAUAUUUGCUCCUCCUGUAAACAACAUGGCUGCCAUGCAGAGCCCGCGGGCAAACAUUAGUUAUACUCCCGGGGCAAUGCCUAUGAGUUCUAGAAAACAUCAAAGUAGCUUCGACAUUGGAAAGAUAUCACCGUUCAAGAAUAAUCAGACCUCGUCAUUCCGAUCUCCUGAUGGAAAACCCCAUUCCUGGCAAGCAUACUGGAAUUUUUCUAAGGUCAAUGAUAAAAUGUCUAAGAAGCAGUCUAACUUCAAGUCAAAGAAUACUCCAAACCACCACAGUGUUUUGAUCAGUCCUCAGCCCUUGCAGUCAGAGAAAAGCCACCUUCAUGAUAAGUCACUUGAAAAAUUACGCACACAGAAAAGGGAGACAACUAUGUUUGAAACAAUGAGAAGGGAUAAGGAAAUGAUUAGUUUCCCUGAAGUGAGAGGAGCAGAAGCCGCUCCUCAGAAAUCCAAGACGAAGUUGCCAACAAACCAGAGGUCGAAUAUCGCUACCAUUCCACAUAUAACAAAUAUAGACCCUUUCCCAAGUAGUAGUCAGUUUCAGCCUCGUAGUCAUAGUUCAAGGUCAAGUUCACGUCCUAUGGUUUACAGAUAUGUUGAUGCACGUUCUCGUCUUUGGUACAACAGUAACCGACGCUACACAUGUCCGCCACGCCAGAACACUCAGGUGUGGAAACUCACAGUUCAGAAAAAAACAGCGAGAGCAACUUACCCUCAGUAUGAUGUCCCGUCUGCUUCCUCCAAAUCAUCGGCGGGAGUUACCUUGACAACAACUCAGGGGCAAAUAACUUCUGAUAACAGUGAAGUUGGUCCAACAUUUGUCGGGCCAACUAUUACAAUGAUCAAAUUCUAAACAAAAAGGUGCUUUCGGAGAAUUAGUCAGGUGAUUGUUUCUAUAUUGUGAGCAUUUAUCAACAAAAAGAAAAUCAGGUGAAGUGACGUCUGCAAAGUUGAAGGUCAUGGGAGGUUUAAUUAUUUACAUUGAGAUAAUCAAUUGUGUAAUCCUUGUUUUUGUUUAAGCUUGAUAUGUUAUUUUAAUUAAAACCCUGAAUUUGAAUUUAAGCAAAAUUUGUCAAAAUCCAUGAUUACAGUAAAUACUUAUAUAAAACUUACGGAUUUACAACCAAGUUAAGGGGUAUAAAACUUACGGAUUUACAACCAAGUUAAGGGGAAAGGGAAGUCAAUAUUUUAAAGAAUUAGUGCAGCAUUGAGGAAAAUAAAUAAAAAGCAUUUAAAUAAUUUCCCUGAAUAAUUCCCACCAUUUCAAAACUUAAAAUUAGUAUUUAUGCUACAACAGAAUUGAUGUGUGUUUUGCCUAUGUUGAUUGCUAUAUUUUUGUAGAUAAGAAUAAUGGCAUUUACUUUCCUUAGAUAAAAUUUUGGAAAGAUUCUUUCCUGUCCAGUUUUGCAUUUCUAUUCUUCUCUUCUUUAUAUAUUACCAAAAUAUACAUGUAUAUACACAGGGUUUAUAUUUAACAAAAUACAAACAAAAUAACAGUAUUGUAGAAUUCACAAAGUGCAAUCAGUAGAUAAAAUAUCAUUUGUAAAUGUUUGUGUAGAUAACAGCAAGACUUUUUUAAAAAAGGAAAUGAGACAGUGAAAAUAAAGUUUGCCUCUAAGAGGUUGAUGCAUGCACAAAUUACUCAUAAAUACUAUAUAUUUAUCAACUAAACGUUUUGUCUUUGUAAAUUCAUCUCGAAUAGUUGGCAAGAAUUUCUCUUGAAAAAAUUUCAUUUCUAUUUUUGGCAUGCAAUAUGGUGUCAUGAAUUUGAAUGGGCAAACAUUUAAAUAUAUCAUAUUUAGAUGUAUCUAUUUUAAACAAUGUAUUCAUGUAUCUGUGAGUAUACAUGUAUAAUCAACAUAACUGUGCCUUCAUAACCAUCAUGUGAUAUUUGUAAAUACAUUUAUGAUAAUCAUUAUAUGUUAUAUGUAAGUUAAUAUGACAAAUAUGCAAGACAUCAACUGUUAGCCUGCUAGCUGGAACCCAGUGAUUAGCCUUAUACUCUUCAUGGUUCUAUAUACGCUAUCCCUUCAUUUUUCUUAUAGAACUGUUCCAAAUUUAAAGCAGGGCAAAUCAUUAAUAAUUUCAACAGGUUAAAUGUUAAAAUUGACAAGACCAGUCUAAAAAUAUAAGAUUGGUUAGAUUGAUUUAGCCAAUCAGAUGUGUUCCAUAUAUAGACUGGACUAUGUUUUCAAGUUUUAUGAUAAUAAGUUGAAAUAAAUAGACAAGCUACACACACAAACAUUCAGUAAUUAUUUAUUUUAUGAUAAUUAGUUGA